AUGUCUCCGACCAAAGACACGAGCGCGAGCAUGUCCGACAAUCACGAGGUCCGAAUUCGCGAAUUGAAAAAUAAACGGCGCACGUGCAAGAGCCAAGUAACAAUGUUCGGGCAUUACUUGGACUCCUUCAAGGACAGCGAGACAGAACGCAUAAAAUUGUCCGAACGGCUUCUGCGCAUUCGCGGGCAAUUCGACACGUUUAAUCGCGUCCAAGACGAGCUAGGCAACAUAGACAAUUAUGACGAAGCCGAGGUCGAAAGAAACGCCGCGACCGAUAUUUACGACAACGUGAUUGCAAGAGCAACGGUGAUGCUCAAUCGUCUCGCGAGCGCCGCUGCUCCUUCAAAAUCGGGAGAGCAUUCGAGUCCCGCGAAUUGCAGCAACGGAAGCUGCAACCCGACAGCCACGUCGUCAUGCUCGCUGCCGUACCUGCAAUUGUCUCUAUCGGGAAAGGCUGAAGCGGCGAUCAGCGCUUUCACGAUCUCGAAUGAGAAUUACGAAGCGGCGUGGACUCACUUAAGCGAGAUGUACGACAACCGACGCGCACUCGUACUCCGUCACGCGGCCCUGCUCCGCGACUCGCCAUCGAUGCCCGAUCACAGGUCCGAAUCGGUACGCGACCUCGUGAACCCCGUGCAACUGCACAUUCGAUCCCUGCAAGCCCUCGGUCGUUCUUGGGAGAACAUAGCGCAGGAUUUAAUUACCAGCAUCAUCGUCUCGAAGAUGGACGAAGAAACGAAACGGAACUGGGAACGUACGCUCUCCGACACCGAAGUUCCCAAACUCGAGGAGACACGGAACGCCGCGAAACCAAACGGGAAGGGGUCACCGGUCGCCGCAUCAUCCACCGAUCUCCCAUCGCACGGCCUCUUAGCAACGGCUAUGGUCGAAGUAUAUGACAGGGAGCGCAGAGCGAUCGAGUGUCGCACGCUCAUAGACACGUGCUCGAGCGCCAAUUUCAUGACCGAAGCCCUCGCCGCGAAAUUAAACCUUCCCCUGGAAACAUGCGCAGUCAAGAUCGAAGUCUUAAAUCAAGAAGACACGACGACGAACAAUCUUCUGACGGCCACGGUAAAAUCGCGGACAUCGAAUUUCAAACGGACGCUGAAAUUCUUCACGGUACCGCGAAUAGCCAAUAGAAUCCCGGAUCAACAAAUCGACCGCGCCAGAAUUCCGAUACCGAAAAACGUGAAAUUGGCCGAUCCGCAAUUUCACCGCCCGGCUCCAGUUGACAUGCUUAUAAGCGCCGGACCGACGAUGGCAAGCUUAAGCAUAGGUCAACUGAACCUCUCCUCCAAUGAGCAGUCGGAUCUGAUUCUGCAGAAAACCCAAUUUGGAUGGGUCAUCGGGGGGAGCGGCCCUACGGCAACGGCGCGCGCGAAACACCGGACAUUCUUCGCUACCCCGGAUUUCGAUUUACAAAAAUUCUGGGAGUUAGAGGAGGGUCCCCACAUCCGACAUUUAUCGGCAGAAGAGCAGGAUUGCGAAGAUCAUUUCAAAGAUCAUAUUAAACGCGAUAAAUCGGGACGGUAUGUCGUCGCGUUACCCUUCAACGGAAGGGAGUCCGAGCUUAGAGAGUCACGAUCGCGCGCUCUCACUCGUUAUUUGUCGCUCGAACGGAAAUUUAAUCGCGACGCGGAAUUAAAACGCGAAUACGUGGCCGUAAUCAAAGAUUACUUAGAGCUCGGGCACAUGAGCGAGGUAAACGAGGCCAGCAAUACGGACGGAUUCUACCUGCCGCAUCAUGCCGUCGUAAAAUCAUCGAGCACCACCACUAAGGUCCGAGUCGUAUUCGACGGUUCGGCAAAAUCGAGUAGCGGACUUUCGCUUAACGACGGCCUCAUGACCGGGCCCACUAUCCAAGACGAUUUGUUCGCCCUCCUUAUGCGUUUCCGUACGCACAACUAUGUUCUCACCGGAGACAUAGAAAAAAUGUAUCGGCAGUUCCUCGUCCGUCCGGAGGAUCGUCGAUAUCAGCAAAUCUUGUGGCGCGACGACGACGGACGCAUUAAGGCAUAUGAACUGAAUACAGUCACAUUCGGAUUAUCAUCAGCUCCAUAUCUCGCGGUCAGAUGCCUACAACAGCUGGCCGAAGACGAAAGGCUACUAUCGCCGGUAAUCAUCAAGGCAAAAAUUUUGAUCCAAGGACUCUGGCGGCUGCAAUUAAAUUGGGACGAAUCGAUACCCCAUGAAUUGCACACCGAAUGGACAGCUUUCGUGCAAGAGUUCAGCACCUUGGACAAAAUUGCCUUCCCGCGCCACGUAACGCAGCGCGCAACCAUGAGAACCGAGCUGCACGGAUACUGCGAUGCGAGUGAACGCGCGUACGGCGCGUGUCUCUACGUACGAACCAUAGACGAAGCCGGAAAAAUCAAGGUCGAGUUGCUAUGUGCAAAAUCGCGCGUUGCACCGUUAAAAACCGUUAGCCUCGCCCGUCUCGAAUUGUGCGGAGCACUGUUGCUGGCCAAUCUCCAUACGACCGCUCUCCAAAAUUUCGCGCGAUCAUUCGACAAGAUCACGUUUUGGACCGACUCGACCAUCGUUCUCAACUGGAUCAACAAGGAACCCUGCACCUUGAAAACGUUUGUGGCAAAUCGCGUUUCCAAAAUCCAGGAGAAGACAAGCGUAACCGCGUGGCGACACGUUAAAUCAGCCGACAACCCAGCCGACAUGAUAUCGCGAGGACAAUCGGCGCGGCAAUUUCGAACCAAUUCAACUUGGCGCAACGGACCCACGUGGCUUCUCGAAUCGGAAUUGAAUUGGCCGCCCUCGCAAUAUACGAUCACGUCAAACGUACCUGAAGCGAGACCCUUUACGUGCUUCGUAACUAAAACGUGUCAUUCCGAAGAAAUUUUGCACCGGUACUCGUCAAUAAAGCGUUUGCGCAGAAUCAUCGCGUACUGCCUGCGCUUCAAAGGGAAUAACAGUAACAGGGGUCCACUAACGAUCGAAGAGCUGCACCACGCGAACGAACGAAUUCUGCAGCUCACCCAAGCGUCCGUCUUCGCCAGAGAAAUCCAACAGCUCAAAACGGGAAAAGAGUUACAAUCGGCCAGCAGACUCUUAGCGCUACGACCCUUCCUGGACGAUAAGGGACUCUUACGUGUCGGCGGCCGGCUGCAGAACUCGGCUUUGCCAUAUGAGCAAAAACACCCAGUGUUGUUGCCAAAAAUAACACGAUAA